AUGUACACCCAGCAACUUCUAUUGAUCGCUAAUGUCAAUCCAAACUUGAGCUAUGGAUUUGUCCUUGGCAUUACAGUAGGUCUUGCCAUGUCUGUAUAUCUACCAAGGAAACUAUCCCCAGCACAAGAGCAACUAGAGGCUUUAAAGAGGAUGAGCAAGAGUCUCGCUGCUGCAACAGAGGUGGACGCAUCUUGCAGUACCAUUGGGCUUGGAAACCCAUUGCAACGGGGUAGCAGUAGCCUUACAGAUUUCACAUUUUACACUACAAUAUACACUAAUGAAGCCCACGCUGCUAUCCAAACGCUCCUGCAUGGUGCAAAUUACAUCGGUGGUAUCUAUCCUGGAUGGCUAUUUUUCUCGCGCUGUGGUGCAGUAGCUUCAAGUUCUCUAGGUGCAAGCUUUGGAGUCUGGUAA